UCGCCUCGGCACGGGGCGGUUUCUUAUUAUCUCUGCCCGUGGGUUUGCGAUUGGCGUGCCUAGGCUGUCUAGGAUGUUAGUUUACUCGUAGAUUUUGGCUUGGUGCUCCCUUAAUCGCCGUGUCCGGUGAGGAUUGCAUGGUUAGCCUCUGUUCUGUCAUUUAGAAUCUCUAGUUUGUUUGUACCUGUGCCCGUCUGCUGUGUUAUUAGUUUUGUUCGCAAAUUUGCGCGCCGUGCCUGGUGUUGCGGCUGUGGCAAUCCGUCGGAGGCCGAUUCAACUGCUAGCCUCAAUCCUUUUGGGUCGAAUCGAAUUUUUAGUAUUUUUACUAGCCAUCCCUGUUUCCUGCUUUUUGAUGUGCAAACUCGAACCUAAGUUGGGCCAUUACAUUAAUGUGUAAUUCCUCGUGGUAAUAAUGAUGCAUAAAACUUGGUUUGGUAUCCAAUUGGCAACCUGCUUAAGUUGUUAGUUUAUUUUGACAUAGUGAUCACCAACCCCCUAAUCCUCGUACUGUCAUUUUUGUUUGUUCUGAACCUGUCUGUUAUGUCAGUUUUCAUGUGAGAACCUUCUGUGGUAGUUCAUCACAAAGCUUGUGGUUGUGAUGACCUUAGGCCGACCCAUUUAGGUUGUAUGUCGAGUUAAUAUUGCAACAGCAUCAGCUGAUCAUUUGGAAGAAAUAUAAACCUGUUUCCUGGGUGCAGUUGGUCAAACUUGGUGCUAAUGUGUAGGCCUUUACAUCGUAAUGAACUAUGCUCAUGGUCUCCAUACAUAGGUCAGCAUGAUAAUGAUGUAUACAUGAAACUUAUGGUGCUAUGGAUAGCUCAGAUUUUACAACAUUAAAAGGGGAAGUAUGCUCUUUUAAUCUGCAUGCAAGACAAAGUUUGCCCCCAGUGAAUUAUAUUUUGAAGCACCAGCUUUUUAAUUUACGAAUAAUGUUGAUGAUUACUGAAACUUGAUCUGUUUAAUCCUUUUGCCCACUUAAAGACUUGGAUUGAAGACUUGGAUUAGAUAGGAAUUAUUGGAUGUACUUUGCUGCUUGAUUUUUAAGCACAUCAUACUAUUCUGCUACCCAUGUUAUCACCUUUUUACUUGUCUUCAAGUAAUGAAUGUUGUUGCAUUUCAGUUCUGUUUACCUGCCAAGCAUUAAUACCUUCUGUAGAUUAUUUAAUUUAUGCGCAAUUACUUCUCUUUAUAUGUUUGGGUUAUUUUUUAUGAAAAUGGGAUUGAGAGAUGGGGGGAUAUUCUCCUUUUUCUUUUUGGGAUUGGAUUAUUUGAAGGGCAAUGAUGGGAAGCGGGGGGGUUUCGGAUGGGUACGAGGGAUCAAAGAGGCCACGAAUGAUGGAAUCGAAUCCAUACUUCGCAGUGAACGCAGGGAGCCCGUUGGACGUCUCAAAGCGGGCCAGGAUGAUGGAGCCAGGCCCCCCAUAUUUUGCAGGCAUGGGAAGCAGCGCUGGUGGCAGCGGCAGCGGCUUCUACCCAACCUAUGGCGGCAACAUGGCUGGUGCUGCAGGGGUUAACAGUGGCAUCCAAAACUUUCCAGCGGUCCGUCUGCGAGGGCUCCCUUUUGACUGCGAGGAUGUUGACAUCAGCAAGUUUUUUGCUGGGCUGGACAUAGUGGACUGCCUCCUGGUCCACAAGAAUGGGCGCUUCUCUGGCGAGGCCUUUGUUGUCUUCCCUUCAUCCAUGCAAGCGGAGUUUGCGCUGCACCGCAACAGGCAGAACAUGGGCAGGAGGUACGUGGAGGUUUUCAGAUGCAAGAAGCAGGAUUACUACAGUGCAAUAGCCGCUGAGGUGAACCAGGGCGGUCCUCUCCUUGAGCCGGAGCACCGGCACUCGUCGCCUCCUCUGCGGUCCAGGAGGCUGUCUGAAGACAAGAGCAGCAUGGAGUACACUGAGGUGCUGAAGCUGCGCGGGCUUCCCUACUCCGCCACCAUCGAGGACAUCAUCAAGUUUUUUGUUGAGUACGAGCUGUCGGAGGAGAACGUGCACAUCGCUUACCGUGGGGACGGCAAGGCCACUGGCGAGGCCUUUGUGGAGUUCCCGACGGCCGAGGUUGCCAAGACUGCCAUGUGCAAGGAUAAGAUGACCAUCGGGACGAGGUACGUGGAGCUGUUCCCGUCAACCCCGGAGGAGGCGAGCAGGGCGAAGCCGCGAGGCAGGCAGUGAGCGGUGCCCUGCCAGACGCUGAGGCCUGGGUGUGAGAACAGCUGCUACGUCUCGUUCCAGUUUCAGCCUUUUCGCUCUUCAUGCUUUAUAAUUGUAUCAAUCAUGUCGGAUUGUGUUUAGUUUGCGUUCCUGUUUCUAGCUGUGUGGAGACAUUUUCUGAUGCGACUUGUCUCGAACUGCCUCUUGUGGGAAAAAGUGGUGCAUGAGAUACUUUGCUGAGUUUGUAACUGGUACCAUCCUUCGUUUGAAGAAAGCAUUUGUACCUCAUGUUA